CUUCACUUAGUCUAGGAAGCUCACUUCCACAAUGUGCAGCUGACCACACAUCCUGUAGUUAUCCCUUUUUAUUAUCACUUAACAACAUGGUUUACUUUGCUGGAUGGCUUGUAACAAGGUUUGUCAAGUUUCAUACAUGUCAAAACGUGACUCAGCAAUGUGAAUUGCAAAUCAAGAAUGCCACUUUUUCUGAUGAGAGCCAAGUGUUGUUGUAUUUGAGUGUGAAAGGAACGGCUGAAGGAGACUUUGGAAGCCUCUCAGUCCCUUCACCUUGCUUUGUUUCCUUCGUUCAAGCUUCUGAGAAGGUUUUUGUGGCGUCAGUUGACAGUCUUGUUUUAAAAGAAGGCGUUGGGAAGGCGUUGCGUAUCACUCUUUAUGAGAAGGUCGAAAAGCUGCUGACUCUCUGCAGCGAGGAUGUCUAUGAUGAUUUAUUUGCUUUGUUUGCAAGGGUGAGGCUUCAUUGGUUUGCCCGUAAAAAAAAUACUGAGCUCCUUGAUGCAGCUGUGAGACGCAAAACCAAGCAACAAGUCCAGAGGCUGUGCAGAUGAGGCAACACGUGCGUUAUGCCCGCAGUAAGUCCCUUUAGUUUGUCUUACGUGUUGCAUUCAAUGAUCGUGCUGGCAUACCGGAUUGUGCGAGUACAUACCUCUAAAUUAUCACACGCCUUGCCGAAACUGUCUCCUGCGAUGACCAAAUGAA